AUGACCUCCAAUGACCGUCAUGCUUCUCAUGACUCGCCUUACCGGACAGGCCAACACAUGCCGGUGGGUCAGGACCGACACGCUCCCCUGACAUCAGUGGCCACAACCGCCGGCGACUCACACCAAGAUCUACCCUCUACAUACCACGAUGAUUCGAAACGACCCUCAAUUUCCUCUACUCAAUUACCCCAGUCACCUGCGAGACCAUAUUCACCAGGCAUGCGAUCCUUAUCCUCUCCCAAGACGGCGACCAUGUCAAUCGAAGAGACCCUUUCGCCAGGGGAAAUCCAGAUGCAGAGUUUCACUGAUGGAGGUCCACCCCCUCCUCCCGUCUCGCACUCUUGGAAAAAGAUUGAUCGAUGGGCAGAAAAGAACUACGAGGAGCUCUGGGAUCAACUUUGUGAAGGCUGCACCCAGAACGAUAUCAAUGAACUCGAACAUGAGCUAGACAUGUCUCUGCCACAGGACGUACGGGAGUCUUUGAGUGUUCAUGAUGGCCAAGAGCGAGGCGGUCGACCCACUGGCAUAAUCUUCGGUUGUAUGUUGUUGGAUUGCGAGGAGAUCGUCCACGAAUGGAGAAAUUGGAAGAUUGUCAAUGAGGAGUAUCUGAGUGGCGCGUCACGAAAGCAGCCUUACAUUUCCAAAGGCCUCAGCAACGGAGCCUCCUCCUCUUCCGCCGCCCAGGCCCAGAGCAAUAAUCGUUAUUGGCGACAAGAGUUACUGGACCGACAAGAGUCUCAACCGCCCAAGGCCAUUCAGAAAGCUUAUGCCCAUCCCGGCUGGAUCGCACUCGCCCGGGAUUGGGGUGGCAACAACAUCGCAAUUGACCUCGCCCCUGGGCCAACCGGCAAAUGGGGUCAAGUCAUUCUCUUCGGCCGAGAUUACGAUUGCAAAUAUGUCAUUGCACGGUCAUGGGCUCAUUUCCUAGCCACCGUCGCGGAUGACUUGAGUACUGAAAAGGUAUUUGUCGACGAAGAAUCAGGAGAACUGAAGCUCAAAGAAUUCAAAACCGAAACCGUGGAACCCGCUUACAUGGACAUCCUUCGCUGGAGAGCCGAUCAAAGAUAUGGACGAAGACCUCCUCGGAGACCACAACCAAGUGGGCUCAACACCAACUCUGUUACACAAAAUGGCCGCCAUUCCCCCUACGGCAGCCCAGUCCUCGGUAAUGAAGAUCGGGGCCGGUCUCCUCAGAGGUUCUCGAGGGGACCAUCGGGCAGUCCUAGACAUGCGGUUGGAAGCCCGCUCGCUCGUGUACAAGAAGAAAUCGCACAGCCACAGGCCAUCCGUCCUGGUGGCGAUGUCAUAAGAGACUUCGCACAAGCCGCAGAGAAGAGCGAAGGCAAGAAGAGGGCUGUGGAUGCUCCACCUCCCAUAGACUCGACCAUGGCAAACAGCAAGAAGCCUGAGAAGCUUAUUGACGCACCGACCCCAGCAUCUUUGAAGAGUACGGAGGUCCGAGAAUUUCCCGCAACCCGACUCUCCAGAGUGUCAACCGAAAGCGAUAACAAAGAAAAUUCGACCAAGAGUUCCACGGAAAAGGAGAACAAGGGUCUUGGAGUUAAUGGGAUCGAGGAUGAAAUGAAAACAGUGGCGAUCUAA